AUGGCUGCUGGAACAGAGGUAUCGAAGGGUCUCUACCGGCUUCUGGUUGACCUCUGCAUCCUGCGGCACAUCCAGAGGCCUGAUGGCAAGGUCUGGAAGUGUCAACCUUCUCACCUCUACUUGAUUGAGUACCUGGCAAGAGGGAGUGGUGUCAGCAGCACGAAGAAGCAGGAGAUGUCUGCUGAAAUAGAAGAAAGCUUCCUGAACCUUUUUCCCACUGUGGAAUGUGUCUCACCAGUGCGGGCCCUCACCACGCUGGGACAUCCCAGCUCUGUCCCUCCUGAGGAACAGAGGGAGGAGCACUUUGACCGCAACAAGCUCAAGAGCGAAGUCUUCCAAAGGUCCUACCAGUACCUGAAAGGAUACAAAGAGAAGAAAGACCUUGACCGCUUCUCUUUUGUCUCUGGAAGCGUCCAAGGGACAGAGAAGGAGUGCUUGGACUGCCUGAUGGAAUUCUGUGGGAGAAGUGACCCCUCCUGGACCGAGCUCAGCAACUUCACCCACUUCUUGAACUUCCAGCUAAUGAGGUGCGAGGAAUCAGUCUUCUGCAGCCAGCUGGUCCUACAAGAGCUCCGUGGCUUCAAAAGCUUCGUCAUCAAGUUCAUGAUUGCCAUGUCCAAGGACUUUGCCAUGCCUUCCCUUGACCUGUCUGACGAGAGUGUGCCGAGGGAGCAGAGCAAGGUGGUGGACAGUGACCUGCAGAGGUACCAGCUGAGACGCAAGUGGGAGCAGAACUCUCAUCCUUACGUUGUCUUCCAUGCUGGAGGUCACUCCAUGGAGUUCUUGGGGUUCCACAUCAACAAGAACUUCGAUGCCAUUGAUGCUUAUUCCCAGGCUGUUCUGGAGACCAAUGUGAUGAGCCCAGAUUUGUACAGGAACUUGGACCUCCAGAAGGUUCCUUUCAAUAGGAAAUUUGAGAGCUUAUCUCGAAAGGAGCAGCUGGAGGUUCUCUGCAGGGUCUUUGGUGUGGAAUGCCAGGAUGAUCCAGAUCCUUCCUACCAGCUGACUUUGGACAACACCAUGAAGAUGUUGGCCAUCUACCUACGGUUCCAGUGUGGCAUCCCUGUCAUCAUCAUGGGUGAAACAGGCUGUGGCAAGACAAAGCUGGUGGAGUUCCUGUGCAGCCUGCAAAGGGCAGGCAAGGAGGUUCAGAACAUGCUAGUGGUACGUGUUCAUGGUGGCACCACCUCCAAGACCAUCCAGGAUAAGGUCAGGAAGGCCAUGAACCUGGCAGAUGACAACAAGAAGAAGCACAACAUAGACACUGUGCUCUUCUUUGAUGAAGCCAACACCUCGGAGGCCAUCUUCUCCAUCAAGGAAGUCCUGUGUGACCACAGCGUCAACGGAGAGCCCAUCACCACCGGCUGCUUGAAAGUGGUGGCCGCUUGCAACCCCUACAAAAGACACAGCAAGGAGACCAUUGAGAAACUGGAGAAAGCUGGUUUGGGCUACAGAGUCCGGAGCGAAGACACCCUUGAGAAGCUGGGGUACAUCCCCCUGAGGCAGUUGGUCUAUCGGGUGCAGCCGCUCCCGCCCAGCUUGUUACCCCUGGUCUGGGACUUUGGGGAACUGAAUGAGAAGACUCAAAACUUAUACAUCAGGGAGAUUGUGAAGUCCAGUGUGGGGGAGGAGAUCCUGGCUGGAAACUUGGAGGUCUUCACCAAUGUCAUUUCAGCCUCCCAGAAGUUCUUGAGAGAGAGUAAGGAUGAGUGCAGGGUUGCCAGCCUUCGAGACAUCGACCGCUGCAUGAAGGUCAUGCUCUGGUUCUAUGGCUUGCGGGACCUGCUCUUCGAGCAGAUGGAUGCGAAGAGGCACCCUGAGGAGAAAAAGGAACCAACCUUAAACCCUGCCCAGAGAGCUUUGGUCCUUGCAGUGGGGACCUGCUAUUUUGUGUCUCUGGAGAACCGUCACGAGUACCUGGAGAAAGUGGCCCAAUGCUUCCCAGUCCCUGCAGCCUGGCUGCAGGAAGAGAUUAAGUUGUGCCAAGAGGUCUUCCUUGAUAACUUGUCCAUUCCCAAGGCCACUGCCUGCAACAAUGCUCUGCGGGAGAACGUCUUCAUGAUGGUUGUCUGCAUGGACCUCCGGGUUCCACUCUUCCUGGUUGGGAAGCCAGGCAGCUCCAAAUCUCUCUCCAAAACCAUCGCUGUAGAUGCCAUGGGAGGGAUAUCAUCAUCCAGAAGCCCCUUGUUUAAACGAUGCAAAGUGGUCCAACUGGCCUCCUUCCAGUGCAGUCCCUACUCCAAACCUGAAGGCAUCAUCUCCAUCUUCCGGCAAUGCGCUCAGUUCCAAAAAGGCAAGAACCUGAAUGAGUUUGUGUCUGUGGUCCUGCUGGAUGAGAUUGGUCUGGCUGAAGACUCACCUGACAUGCCCUUGAAGACUCUCCAUCCUCUUCUGGAGAAUGGAUGUGUUGAUGAUGAGAAACCAGAGGCUUACAAGAAAGUUGGCUUUGUGGGCAUCUCCAACUGGGCCCUGGACCCUGCCAAAAUGAACAGGGGUCUCCUGGUCUUCAGGAUGGAACCCAGCAGAGAUGAGCUGGUGAAGACAGCCAAGGGCAUCUGUGCCGAUCAACCUCACCUGGACAGAAUCGAGCAUUUGUUCCCCAUCCUGGCCAGCUUCUACUGCAACAUCCUGAGUGCUCAGAAGACGGAGUUCUUUGGGCUUCGGGACUUCUACAGCUUGAUCAAAAUGGUUGUGUCCUACAUGAGGGACAUGAAACGCAACACCCAAGAGGAGCUUCUGGUCAAGGCCAUUCAGAGAAACUUUGGAGGUUCUGCAGACAUUGAUCCUCUGGAGAUCUUCCAGGACUGCAUCAGUGACAUUCGUCUCACCAGGGCACCAAGAACCAGCUGCAUCCGUCUGCUGCAGGAGAACCUGGGGACACAGCAGCCAGGCUUCAUGUCCAGGUACCUGCUGCUGCUGACCACCAACAACGCUGCCUUCCAGAUCAUCCAGAUGACGAGGCUCAUCAACGCUGACAACUGCGACAUCAUCUUUGGCUCUGGCUUCCCGCGGGAUCAGGAUUACUCCCAAGUGUGCCGCUCUGUCAACAGGGUGAAGAUCUGCAUGGAGAUUGGCCGACCUGUUGUCCUGCUCAACAUCCAGAACCUGUAUGAGAGCCUCUAUGACACCCUCAACCAGUGCUUUGUCAGCCUGGGGGACAACUACUACGUUGACCUUGGCCUGGGAACCCAUCGGGUGAAGAGUCGCGUGAAGGAGGAGUUCCGCUUGAUCGUCAUUGAGGAGAAGAAGGUGGUCUACAGCCAGUUCCCCACCCCACUGCUGAGCAGGCUUGAGAAGCAUUGCUUGGACAUGAACACCAUCCUCAGCUGGCAGCAGCAAGACCUAAAGAAGGACCUGGAGGAAUGGGCCGAGUCGUUUGUCUGCAUGGAGAAUCCUGAUGCAUUGAUGGCCUGGUCCCGUGCUCUGGUCCCCAAGGAACACGACGUCUUCAUCGGCUUCAGCGAUGACACCACAGCUGCCAUCGUGCUGGAGUGCUCCCAGAACAUCCACUCUGGUGUCUAUGACUGCUGCAAAGAUGCGGUCCUGUCCACUGCCUCCAGCGAACUGGUGGCCUGUGCCACUCCUGACUCCAUCCUGCGCCUGAGGUACUCUGCUCUGAAGAACACUGAGGAGAUCCAGGACCUCUACUUCUUCAGGCAGAAGCACAACAGCCUGGUCAGCCUCUUACUGGAGGCGAUGAACCAGCAGGACAAGGAGACCAUCACCACUGGGACGUGCCUGCAGGUCUCCACCCAUGCCAGGCUGCUCAACCAAAAGGACCUAGAAGUGCUGAAGGAGACUCUGGACCUCCCAGACACCAUCCACUGCCUCUUCCUCAGCCAGUUUGACACCGAGCACGCUUUCCGCCAGGAUCUCAGGGAUUUCUUCAGGGAGUCCCAGGACCAGAGGUUGCUCCUUGUGCAGUUUCACUUUGAUGAGCCACAGAGCAGCAAACGGCUCCUGGCCUGUGCUAAGUACUGCAUCACGGAUGAGCGGAGGAGGGCGACCAGCCCCCAUCUCCUGCAUGUGGUGCUGAUCACCAAAGUUCCAAGAGUCCUGGGUGGCUGCAGCUACCUGGCUUUUGACAGUGGUGAGUGGAAGUCCAUCCACUUGGAUGACCUGAUGCCCCCAGAGAACUUUAAGGCCAAUCUUGGCCAGCUCUCCAAAAUGACCAUUGCUGAAAUCUUCACCAGCAGUUCUCAGCAGCUCCCACCAGGUUCUCCAGAUGAUGUCUCCAUGGGGAGUCUCACCGAGUCUGGUCUUCACCCUGAGGAAAACCCACAGUUCCUCAACAUGGAUGCAAUGAUCAAAGGGAGCAUCCAGAAGGCUGUGAUCCAGCUGGAGGACAAGAAGGACAACAGCCAGCGUCCAACUGAGAGAAUCCAGAUCCUUCACAACUUGCUUUUCCGCUCUGGGAACAGUGUUUCCAGCCACUUUCUGACCAUCCUGAAGAGGAGGAUUUGUGUCCUCCUCCACGAACGAGAGAAACCAAUCCAGGAGCCUCAGGGGUGGAUUUUCCGCCGGGCACUCUCCAUGGAGUUCAUCCUGGAGGACUCCUCCUUCAGACAAGCCCUCUGGAUGCACCUGGAAGACAUCGUGGCCAACAGCUUCGCCCAAAUUCUUGCUGUGGUGGAUGCCAACAACAACCUGGAUCACAUCUCUCGAGGUUCUCCACUAGCAGACCUCUGGCUCCAGAUGUUCCAAGAAGAAACUUUCCUGAAAAUUAAAUACACCAGGAAGACAGCAGAUGCCAAGAUCUCUGUGUUGUCAAUGACUGAAGACCCCAACGUGUCCCUCUCCUGCCAGUUCCCAUUCAGUUGGGUUUUGAAGGCCUACCUGGAUGAUGUGUGGGAGAAGGUCUAUCAUAGGGAAGAUCAGCCCCAGAAGCCAACAGAGGACCUGGCCAGGUUCUACCAGAGCUUCAUCAAGAAUGUCUCGAUGCCAGACGGCAGCAACCAAGAGGCCCUGCGCUGCUACGCCAGCGACUUCCUCCGGAUGGCUUUUCCUGGGCAAGACCUGGCUGUCUACGAGCUCCUCUCCAAAGUCUUCUUGGCCAAUGCUGCCCAACUCUGCUCCUCUGUGGGCAGGGGGCAGAUGGACUUCUCUCCAAUCUGGCUUCACAUGGAGCACUUCUACAUGCAAGAUGACUACCAGCUCUUUGUUGACAUAGCCAAGAGCAAUGACACCGUUGUGAGUGAGCUGCAGGCCAUGUAUGAGAAGGACCCACCAGAAAUGUUUGUCACUCUUGAUGCCUUGAACAUUCUCCUGAAGAAGGUGCAGCCCACUGAAGAUGGACUUUUGCCCUUUGAUGCCUGCGUAGCCUGGCUCAAAAGUGUAAAGUCCAUCAAGCCCUGGGUGGAGUGGAUCAGUCUGCACAAUCACCAGCUUCAGCUGUACCAGAAGAAGCAGCAGCUCCUGGACACUGUGCUACAUGGCUGGACCUGCACCAACAUUGUCUACAUGUUGAUUGACCACCUGCUGCACAACGAGACGCACAUAGAGGAGAAGCUCCUGAAGCUCGUGGUGAAGCAGUUCAUCUUCCUUUGGAAUCGUCUCCACACAACGCCAAGGUUUGAGCCAGAGAAGACUUUCGAUUUGGUGACCAAAGUGCUGAAGCAAUGCAACAAGAAUGCUGAUGUUGUCUACCUGGUGAAGGGGGUGAAGGAGUGCAAGAGCUGCCUGCGCGAGAUCACGGAGCCAGCAGAGCUGCCCUGCAGCCACAUCUUCUGCACUCACUGCAUCCUGGAGUGGCCCAAAAAGCAGUGCAAGAUCUGCAAGGAGGACUUCCCAGAGGACUACACACCCACAGCUUCAGAGGCCACGAGGGAAGCUGUUGCCUGUCACAACAAGUUCCGGAGGAAGUGCAAUUCCUUCUUCGUGGAGUUCCUCACUGUCUACUUCUUGGGAGACCAAGCAGCUCCAUCAGCCCAGAUCAUCCAGCGGCUGAUCCAGUUCGUGGCUUGUAAACCCAACCCUGAGCAGCAAGUGGGGAAAAGAGUCUACAAGCCCAAGAGUGAGCUGUCACCCUUUGAGGAGUGCAUGGACACCAGUCCCACCAUCCAGUCCUCCCUCCUGAAGCUGCUGCUGAGAUGCGGGUUCAACAACAUCAAGGUUCACUUGGAAGAGUACCUGUCCCAGAUGGAGGAGAAGAUGUCCAACCAAAGUAGCAGGGAGCAUUUCUACUUCAUGGUGAUCCACUGUCUGGAGGAUUUCAUGCACCCUUCUGAAGAAGGAGAUGUCAGAGAGCUUGCCCAGAGCUGCCUCUCCACCAUGGACCUCUCCACCUUCUGUCAUCCUGAGCUCUCCAGGAUCAACACCCUCCAGUCCAUCGCCCAACUCCGCCUCUCCAUCAGCCACGUGGCCACCACGCUGGGCAGGCAGCUGCUCUCUGAUCCCAGCUCUGCCCAGGAGAAGCAGAAGGACCAAGACCUGGUGGAUGCCAUGAAGAAGUUUGUUGCUAAGGCUCCAACUCCGUGGCCUCAGGUGUUCCUCAUCAGAAAUCUCUGUGACAACUAUGGGCUCACCUCCAUGUGGAAGAUCCUUCAGGCAGAGAAGUGGAUUUUACCCCAAGGGGUGGACAUUUCCCAGGACAAAAGUGCCUGCUCAAACACCAUGCUGAUGUUCUCACUGCUGGACAAAGUGAAACACCUGCAGAAGAACAAAGAGUCCCCAGAACACCAGAGCUUGGCAAGUGUCAUGAAACAAAUGGAGAACAUCCUCCAGCUGCCACCUGUCCCAGAUGAGCUGCUGGAAGACAAACUGAAGAGGUUCAUGGAUGCUCUGGGUGACAAAGAAGACCCAGGCCUGCUGGAGGUGGUCUUCCACACGGCGCUCACCCUGGCCUUGUUCUCCAGCCCAAUCACUCACCUUCUGAAGAACAUCUGCUCCAAGCCUGACAUGGUGAAGGGGUCCUACCUUCCCACCAUGCCUGAAGACCUUCUCUUUGAUGAAAAGAACUGGAAAAUUGGUGCUACAGACAAGAUGUGGUACUGUCAGUGCGGCGCCUUAUGGGUUGUCACCAAUUGUGGGCGUCCCAUGGAAGUGCAGCAAUGCAAGUGUGGAGCUGCUGUUGGGGGAAUCAAGCACACACCCAAGGCAGGCUUCAAGGAGAAGAUAAUCACUGGAGAUCAAACGGAGAAGGGCUACAUCCUGCAGAGCCCCACCACGAGGAGAAGUGAGCUAGAGAGGUCUCUGUCACCUGCCUGUGUCAGUCUUGCUCGAGCUCUGCUCCACUCCACCCUCCUGCUGGGGACCUCCACUGACAGACAGGCAGUUCUAGACCUGAUGAAGGAGAAACCAGAGGAUGUGGAAGCCUUCUUCUGGGACCACCUUCAGAAGGACAUGGAGUGCCUGGCAGAAGCUCUCAGCAGGAACACAGAGGACGCUGUGUUGAUUGUCCACCUCUUUCUGCAGCAGCUCAGCAAGCACAACCCAGCAGAGAGGGAUGGAGCCCUGAGCACCCUGCCUGAGAAGAGGGACCGAGAAGAAUGGGAGAUGUCCUUCAAAGCCCUGGCUCAGCCCUUCUUCCAGGACCUGGAGCAGACCCUGAACUCUGUGAAGGAGCAGAGGAUGAAGCAAGGUCCCCACAGCUCCAGCCUCCUCCUGAAAAUAGCUUAUGGGCAGACACCGCCUUUCCAAGACCUCCCGACUCAGGGGUUGAUCAACCAGGCCUGCAUGUGGAGGUUUGAGCAGAAGAUGACCAUCCAGACCCUGAUGCAUUUCCUGCUGCAGGAAGGUGGAGGUGGCACUGGAAAUCCUUACCCCAUCCUGCUGGAGCUCCUCUCCAAGCUUGAGAACAUCCAACAUGUCCAACGUCUGCCUGACAUCUUCCGCCUGCAGAAGGCCCUGAUCCACUUCUUCCAGAACAGCCACGUAGGAGAAGACUACACAGUCCAGCAGUUCCUCAGCCAACCUGAACUCUCAGAGGACCAGUGCCAGGCGUUCAGCAGAGCCAUUGAGACCAUCCGGAAAGUCUGGAGCAACAUCAAGAUGAACCCACACAGCUCAGGCGUCAUUGUCAAGCCAGACCUCUCGCCAAAGGAGAUCAACACCAGCACCACCACCAUCCUUAACCUCCUCCCCACCCAAUUCUCCAUCAGCCACUUGGUGACUACGUUCCUCAUACAGCUGCAGAACAGCUGCGUGGACACGGCCGCACAGGUCACCAGGGAGAAGCAACGGUCCAUCUCAGCAGCAGAAGUGAAGCCCUCCUCCGUGUUGGCCAUCACCAAGAGUGAUCUGUUGACCACAGCCCUGGCCAACCUGCAGUAUGAGAUAGAUGAAGAUGGCACCAGGACAACCUACUUCGACUUCCAGAUGCUGCAGCGCCAAGUGGUUCAACGCUUCAUCAGCGGGAAGCCUGUCAUCAAGACUCAGACCAUUCCAUCCAUUGCCCUCAACAAUGUGAGGACCCUCCAGGACACCAAGAUGAAAGUCAAGGACCAGCUGCCCCAGGAGCAGCUCAGCAUCAACCAGCAGAAGCGCAUCAUGGAAGAAGCUCGCUCGGUCAAUGCUCUCUCCAAGGCCUUGGCCACCCUGAAGGUGGCUGCCGAGUUCCUGGCUGUGACAGGUGGGGACCCAGAGCGGCCACUGCCCGACUACGUUCAGCAGGAGCUGAGGAUGGACGCCAAUGCCAAGCAGUUCCAGGACCUGCCGGUGGUGCCCAACACCCAGCUGAAGCACAUCCUGUCGCUCUGGCAGCUCCUGGCAGCUCGCAGGUCCAUGCUGUUGGUGCAGAUGAACCAGGAUCCCUUCUGCCUGGUCCCUGAGGAGUUCCAAGCACAGCUGGAUGUGAAGGAGAUGAAGGACCUGACCUUGGCACUGGCCAGCAUCAACCUCGACUUCUUCCUCAUUGAGCUGCACGAGAUGAUCCUGGUGGCACUGUCCAAUCUUCAACCUGAAUAUGAGUUGAAGUAUGCCUUUAGGUGCUUCCUGGAGGACAAUCAGGUCUCUGCUGCCUUUGUGGACACCCUCACGGAUGCCCUGGACCCAAACAUUGAGGUCAAGAACAUCCUCUCUGUCUGGAGGACAGCUGCCAGGACCAGCCAGGCCAAUGCCUCUGCAUAUGGCCAGGAGAGACCAGCCCAAGGCAGCAAUUAGUCCCCUUCUCACACUGUCCUCACUGGUGGACAGAGAGGAAACAUCUACCCCACCCUCACCACCUCACACGAGCUGCAUGUGGGCUCCUGGAGCAGCUGGAGCAGCUUGAGCCUCCAAACCCCCCAAAUCCUUCCUCAACCUGGCUGAGAAGCUCUUAACCUGGACCCACCACUGACCACUUGGAGACCUCAGCUGUCCCCAUCCCUUUGACCCUGCCAAACCACAGCAAGAAGCUGAAGAUGAUGCCCAUGGCCACAUCCCCAGCACUGUUGCCCCUGUCCUGACUUGUCCAGCUGAAGCUGGAGCUUCUCUAACACCCCAGCAUUGGCCAAAAGCCACUUCUGGGCAUCCCUGGUGCCCAUCAUUGAUGGUUUCUGUCCUACCUUGUCCCUCCUCAUCCUUUCUGCACCAUUAAACAUUACCUUGG